AUGUGACGUCAUAUCACCGGCGUCUGUUGUGAUUCAGCUGAAGAAAGAACGUCCAAACACAGAGAAACUCUGCUGAAGCGACUGAGAUCCAUGUGACACUCUUAUAAAAAUGGCGUUUAUUAAAGUAGAGAGUGAAGACCUGAAGAUUGAAGAAGUAUUCAGCAUCAAACAAGAAGAAACUGAGGAACAAACAGGUCUAAAGACACUGAAAGAGGAGAGUGAAGCUCUGAAUGAAACGGAUGAGAAAUAUAAGCUUGAGAAACAUUACGAGUUCAUAACUGAAGAAAAACCAUUUACUAGCUCACAGGCUGAAAAGAAAAGAACCUGCGAAAAGAAGAAAUUUACCUGUCAACAGUGUGGAAAGAGUUUCACUAAAAAAGUAAGCCUUGAGAGGCACAUGAGAACUCACACCGGAGAGAAGCCUUUCCCCUGUCAACAGUGUGGAAAAACUUUCAACCAAAAAGGAACCCUUAAAAUCCACAUGAGAGUUCACACUGGAGAAAACCCUUUCACCUGUCAACAGUGUGGAAAAACUUUCAACCAAAAAGGAACCCUUAAAAUCCACAUGAGAGUUCACACUGGAGAAAAUCCUUUCACCUGCCAACAGUGUGGAAAAACUUUCAACCGAAAAGAAACCCUUAAAAUCCACAUGAGAGUACACACUGGAGAAAAUCCUUUCACCUGCCAACAGUGUGGAAAAACUUUCAACCGAAAAGGAAACCUUAACGUCCAUAUGAGAGUUCACACUGGAGAAAACCCUUUCCCCUGUCAACAGUGUGGAAAGCGUUUUACUCACAAAGCAAACCUUAAGAGGCACAUGAGACUUCACACCGGAGAGAAGCCUUUUACCUGUCAUCAGUGUGGAAAUGGUUUUAAUCAAAAAGCACACCUUAUCCCACACAUGAGAACUCAUACCAGAGAGAAGCCUUAAACAUGCCAAUAAUGUAGAAACCGUUUCAGUUGUAGGAAACCUUAAAACCCUGUUGAGAGUUCACACUGGAGAGAAAUCUUACACCUGCCAACAGUGUGGUAAGGUUUUAAUCAAAAAGCACACCAUGUCAGGCACAUGAUAACUCACACCAGAGAAAGUUUCAGUCAACUUUUAAAACCUGUAAGAAUUCACAUUGUAGGGAGGGUUUUGAUCAACUUGUUAUUAUUAUCAAACUUUAUUAUUCAUUUACAAUUUAUUUUGUUCAUGUGGCAGACGCUUUUAUCUAAAGCAAAUUACAGUUGAGGAAAACAACAAGCGAUUCAUCAUAAGAUGCAAUAAACACAAGAAGUGCAUGUUGUACAAGGUUUCAGUCAUCAAUCAAAACCAUAAAUUUAGGACCGGAAUCCUGCAGGGUGAUCAUGACCCCAAAGUCGAGGGGCCUUAUAUCACCCUAAAGGGGUUUAUUCUGUGAUAACAACCCGCUGAAUGUACAUUAUCCCACUUGUUAAAUUGUUACUAAGCACAUAAGUUAUUAAUUGGACACAAAAUAUUGAGUUGAAUAUUUGUACAGUGUACAAUUUUAUAAAACAUUAUAGUACAGUGGUCAGGAUGGUACGUAUAUGUAGUGUUGCUGGUUGCGACAGCACUGCUGGACUGCAUUGUUUUCCAGCAGACUUUAAAAUUAUGCACCAGUGGUUGCAUGCACUUGGCCUGGAAGACUGCGAGUUCCCACCUAGAGCUGGAGUGUGCAAAGUGCAUUUUACACUGGAUUGAUUCUUCAACGCAGUGGAGACGGAAAUCGGCUUCUCCACACAGCUCAUGCUGAAAAGCAACGCAGUGCAGAUCGCAAUGCGGGAGUUAAGGCCACAGCUUGAGCCAGCGGCUCGAAUUGAUAUGGCUCAGGCCCUGGCCCUGGCCCUGCGUCCACAGACACCUCGACAUCCUCCACUUCAGGUGAAGGUGGGGGAGAAAAGUCUCUACUUCAAAUUAACGCUCUGUUGCAAAGCUAUUUGUGUCACAACAAUCACUCUCCAUUUUAGCAACUCUAACAGCAGCUGUCAAAUAUUCCGUCACUGCGGGUCUCAGGUUCACGCCCCACCCGCUCAGCCCUGCCUUCGGUUCGUCCCCUGUAUCUCCGCUGUGCUCCACUUUUCAAAUAUUGCCAGUGGGUGGAGUCAGGCUCUGACCAGGGGUUUAGUUAUCCUUUAAUGAGCUUAACAAUAACCUGUAUUGUCUCUCUCUGUAUUAUCAACACAAGGAAGACUCAAGUCUAACAAAAUAAAUGUUAUUAACAAAAGAUAAAGAGUAAUCUACAUCUACUAAAUGUAUACCAUGAAUGCGUCAACUAAUGUGGUGCACUCGGCUAAUGCACUGGUUCCAAAACCAUGAGGUCGUGGGUUCGAAUCCAGGGUGGGUCAGGUUGAUUUGUUGUCCUGAUGUAAAUUCCGUUUUAAUGGGUGGUGUUAGCGCAGUGGAUAAGACACAUGCCUUUGGUGUGAGAGACCCGGGUUCGAAUCCACUCUGAGACACCAAUGUGUCCCUGAGCAAGACACUUAACCCCUAGUUGCUCCAGAGGCGUGCAACCUCUGACAUAUAUAGCAAUUAGUUGCUUUGGAUAAAAGCGUCAGCUAAAUGAAUAAAUGUAAAUGUAAUGAAUAACAAAGGAAUAAAGUGCAUAAGAUGCAAGUUAGGUGUUGCUAUAUCAGAGUACUGUUAUUGAAUGCAAAGAUAAACUCGCUUUCUGAAACUAGCCUUGAUCACAGAGCGCUAUAGAUGCUGAUCUCCUGGAACAGAAAAGGGUCCUUAAUCUGAAACACGCAGACAAAAGUACCUUGGCAUGAAGGUUUAACCUUGGAGCUUAACCUUGGUGCAAAUUUCUGUAUGUCAAGUCAAUAAACCUUAAUUUAUAUAGCGCUUUAAACAAAAUACAUUGUGUCAAAGCAACUGUACAACAUUAAUUAGGAAAACAGUGUGUCAAUAAUGCAAAAUGACAGUUUAAGGCAGUUCAUCAUUGAAUUCAGUGAUGUCAUCUCAGUUCUGUUUAAAUAGUGUCUGCAAUCAUUUGCAAUCAAGUCAACGAUAUCACUGUAUAUGAAGUGACUUAUGUCUUCUGCCUCUCUGGGCUGGAGAUUUAGAACUUGGUCAACCCACUUCUGCCUCUCUGGGCUAGAGACUCAGAACUUGGUCAAUUCACUUCUGCCUCUCUGGCAUAGAGACUCAGAACUUGGUCAAUCCACUUCUGCCUCUCUGGGCUAGAGACUCAGAACUUGGUCAUCCACUUCUGGCUCUCUUGGCUAGAGAUUCAGAACUUGGUCAAUUCACUUCUGCCUCUCUGGGCUAGAGACUCAGAACUUGGUCAAUCCACUUCUGCCUCUCUGGGCUAGAGACUCAGAACUUGGUCAUCUACUUCUGUCUCUCUGGGUUAGAGACUCAGAACUUGGUCAAUCCACUUCUGGCUCUCUUGGCUAGAGACUCAGAACUUGGUCAAUCCACUUCUGCCUCUCUGGGUUAGAGACUCAGAACUUGGUCAAUCCACUUCUGCCUCUCUGGUCUAGAGACUCAGAACUUGGUCAAUCCACUUCUGGCUCUCUGGGAUGGAAACUCAGAACAUGGUCAACCCACUUCUGCCUCUCUGGGCUAGAGACUCAGAACUUGGUCAAUCCACUUCUGCCUCUCUGGGUUAGAGACUCAGAACUUGGUCAAUCCACUUCUGCCUCUCUGGGCUAGAGACUCAGAACUUGGUCAAUC